UCUUGUAAACAUGAAUGCAUGUAUUUGCACAGUUUCACAGAAACAUCAUUAGCUGGUCUCAAACUGAAGAUAAAACAAAUACAGGUGCAUUACAGAUAUGUUGAUAUUGGUGAUGCUGAUGUUUCAAUAAAAUAAUACUCCUUUUCUUCACAGUUCUCUGCCAGCUCCAGUGCUUUGCUUCCUGCUUAAGCUACAACAUUCAAAUCAUUGACAUCCCCAAAUGCCACCAUGCCCAUCAUCAGCAAUGCCAACCAUGAUUUUAGCAGUCUCUCAGUCAGUACAGACGACAGCAGCCUUGACCUGUUUUUCUCUGAAAUUCCAGAGACUGAAACCAUCAAAGGUGUGUACUUUCAACGGGCCCAGCGACUACACAACAUUGAUGUUGACCACAGUAAACUAGCCCUCAUCAAUGUUGGAGGAGAUUGCUACACAUUUCCUUGGAGCACACUGGAGGAAUUCCCACUCACUCGUUUGGGACAGCUGUGUCACUGCAGCAGCCCGGAUGAUAUCGCCCAGCUUUGUGAUGAUUACGAUGAGGCCCGGCGAGAGUUCUUUUUUGACCGCAGCUCGACAGCCUUCCGGGUCAUCUUAAACUUCCUGGCUGCAGGUAAACUGAGGCUGCUGCGGCAGGUGUGUGCUGUGUCACUGUCUGACGAACUCAACUAUUGGGGCAUCGACCCUGUUCACAUGGAACACUGCUGUCGGCGCAAGUUGUUGUCCUGUGUGGAGGAAGUAGGAGAGAAGAAAAGGAAGGAGGAAGAGAGGAGGCAGAAAAGGCUAGCCAUACAGAAGCCUCUAGCACAAGAGAAGGGCUACGUCUGGUUUAUGAGCCAGCUGCAAGAAAUAGUGGAAAACCCUCAUUCUGGCUGGCUUGGGAAAAUCUUUGCAUGUUUCUCAGUGGUCAUGAUUGCUGUGACAGUUAUCAGCUUGUGUAUCAGCACCAUGCCUGAUCACAUUAAUAGGGGUGAAUGCUCAGAAAAAUGUCGCAACAUAUUCAUAGUGGAAACGGUGUGCGUGGCCUGGUUCUCCAUGGAGUUUUUGUUGCGCUUCCUGCAGGCUCAAAGCAAACUGCAGUUUGUUCAAAAUCCACUUAAUAUCAUAGAUGUCAUAGCCAUUCUACCAUACUACAUUUCUUUGGUUGUCAAUAGCGAAGAUGAAUCUGAAGAAGCCGAGCUUAAUGGUAGCGCUGGUCGUGGAUAUUUAGAUAAGCUGGGUUUAAUUCUGCGAGUCAUGCGUGCCCUGCGAAUCCUGUAUGUGAUGCGACUGGCACGACACUCACUGGGCCUUCAGACACUGGGUCUUACGAUACAACGGAGUAUGCGAGAAUUUGGACUCCUGCUUCUCUUCCUCUGCGUGGCUGUAGCUCUAUUCUCACCUCUCAUACAUUUGGCAGAGAAAGAAUUCACAAAGGACAAGCCCACUGGGCCUCACAGCUUUAGCAGCAUUCCUGCUUCCUAUUGGUGGGCUAUCAUAUCCAUGACGACAGUUGGCUACGGUGACAUGAUACCACACAGUAUACCUGGCCAGGUUGUUGCCUUUAGCAGCAUACUGAGUGGUAUUCUUAUCAUGGCUUUUCCAGCUACAUCUAUCUUCCAUGUGUUUUCACGUUCAUACCACGAGCUGAAACGUGAACAUGAAAUGAUUUGUAAAGAAGAGCGAGCGGCCACCUUGGAUGCUAAAGAGGAUGCCCAGAGAGUGCUGGAGAGACACUCUUUUUCUUGGGCCAGCAAUAAUAGUAAUAGUCAAAGCAAGGGCAAGUCAGCAAGUUAGCCAGCGAGCUGCAAUGACAUCUGAUCUAUUAUUUGCAUAUCUCUUCAUACUUUGCUGGUUUUCUUAUUUUCUACAUGUGAUUUUGAAUCAGUUGGAAUGUGAUUUCUGCGACAAAUCAAUAAAAUAAGUAUCUGUACCAUUAAAAUAACUGAGGUUUUGAUGUAUACACAUAUGAUGUGUUCCUUUACCCUUAAACAUAAAAAUGUGUCUGUAUUUGUGAUUAUUGUUCCAUUUUAUACAUUUAUAUUGUGAUUGAAAUUAUUCAUUCAGGCCACACCACAUUACCAUGUCACAGAUUACCAGUCACAGCCUUUUAAUUGCAGUUACCUUCAACCUUUUGGUAUUUGUGGUUUGCAUAAUUUAUUAAUCCAUAUUUCUGAAAACACAAGCUCAAGCAGCUCAAGAAUCUGAUAAGCCAAAUAAUUGGUACCUAUUAUAUGCAAUUUUUCUUGGAGAAAAAACAUAAUAAAGGUUUAUAUCUACUUCAAGGAGUCACUACUUUUGUUUCAGCAAAUUAACAUCUUUUUAGGCAUACUUAACGUUACUGGUACAAUAUAUAAUGAAAGAAAAAGUCUAAAUGACAUUAGAGCACACGAGUAUGUUUAGACUUUUCUUUGAUUGUACAAUGAAGUAUGUUGCUUUGUUAAGCCACAUAAUAACAUGCAUAUUCAUUAUUCUAAUAUG